AUGGCCGAGGAACAGAAGCCCGUCGCCGUCGAGGCCCCCAAGGAGGAGACCACCGCUCCCGUUGUUGCGCCUGCUGUUGAGGCCCCCGUUGCUGAGGCUCCCGUCGAGGCCAAGCCUGUCGAGGCUACCGAGGCCGCACCUGCUGCUGCCGCCACCACUGAGGCCGCUACCACCACCGAGGCUGCCCCUGAGGCUGCUGCCGCUGCCGAGGAGACCAAGGAGGAGGUCGUUCCCGUCGAGGAGGGUCAGCUUGAGCACAAGGGCCUGAACUUCCCCAAGAACUUCAUCUACUCCAAGCAGUUCUUCUGGUUCGGCACCGAUGCCGUUGAGCCUUCUACUCUCUCCCACUACCGUCGCAGCGAGAAGAAUGUUGAGGCUGGCCGCAACACCACUGCCUGGGCCUCCCAGACCGGCAAGGGCCUCCUUUUCUUCGGCGAGAAGGCCAGCCCUGUCGGCGUCAUCAACCUGCUGAAGCUCAAGAUUGCCGAGGCCAAGGAGCUCGCCACCACUGUCCCUGAGACCGAGACUUACAAGGCUACCCUCGAGACCUUCAAGCCCAGCAUUCCCGCCCCUGCCGCUAAGAAGGAGGAGGACAAGCCCGCUGAGGUCGCCGCUCCCGCCACCGAGACUCCCACUGUUGUUGAGCCUGUCGCUGCCCCUGCCACCACCGAGGCCGCCGCUGCUGAGGAGCCCGUCAAGGAGGAGAAGAAGGAGCGCCGCUCUGCCAGCCGCAAGCGUGGCAGCAUCUUCGGCAACCUCCUCGGCGGCAAGAAGGAGGAGAAGACUGAGAAGCCCGUCGAGGCCACCGCUGAGGCCCCAGCCACUGAGACCCCCGCUGUCGCCGCCGAGACCACCACUGAGCCUGCUGCCCCUGUCGCUGCUGAGGCUGCCCCUGCUACCGAGGCCGCUGUUGCCCCUGCUGCUGCCGCCGAGUCUCCUGCUGAGGAGAAGCCUGCUCCCCUGACCAAGCGCAACAGCAUCUUCGGCAGCGUCUUCGGCAAGAAGGAGAAGAAGGCCGCCGAGACUGAGACUCCUGCCGCUCCCGCCAAGGAGGCUGAGGUCGCCCCUGUCGCCCAGGACGCCCCCGCCGCUCCCGCUGCCGCCGUUGCCGAGCCCAAGAAGGAGGCCAAGGCCGAGAAGCGCAAGUCUUCCCUGCCCUUCGCCUUUGGCAAGAAGGAGAAGUCCCCCGCCACCUCUGACGAGGAGGGUGACAAGCCCGAGAAGACUGGUCCCUUCUCCAAGCUUCGUGCCACGAUCAAGGGCCGCGGCAAGUCCCCCGUCGGCGAGAAGAAGCCCCUCGAUAAGACGGCCGAGGAGAAGACGGAGACGGCCACCGAGGCCCCCGCCUCGGGCUCUGAGGCUCCCAAGCUCCCUGAGGAGGCCGUCAACAAGCCUGAGCCCGUCACCGGCGCCAUUCCUGCCGUGACUGCCGCCGCUUAGAGCGCUCGCUUCAGCAUGCCGCUCCGGAGGUCGCACGUCUGAUGGUGGCCGCCAGUUUGUUUUCCACGCACCAGUUCGACAUCGCAAGAGCAACGACGCAACACAUCACGCCAACGGUUUUGGUCGGGAAUCGGAUCUGCAUUUCCCAAGAUACCCCGUCAAAAAUUGGUUCUCUGAUACCCUUUCCUACUUUUGUUUUUAUGCAUAUUCGCAUCAGCAGACGGGCAGACGUUAGGGUACCGUCGGCGCAAGCCUCGUCCCGACUCUGACCUGUUCAGCACUGUCACGCCAGAUCUGGCUUAUUUCGUUGUCCUGUUUUUCCCGUAUCGACACCUGCCUUUGUGCUUUGAUACCCCGUAUACCCGUCGUUUCGAGACAAUCAUGAACACGAAGAAAACUCCAAAAAAAUUCUCAAAAAACGAAAGAACUCUCAUUCUUCGUCGCAGGUGGUCGGCUGCUCGGUUUUGAAACUAUGGGACCGGUUGGGAAGACUCGGUCGGACUUCAGACGUUUGAGAGCACAGUAGGGUGGACACCGUUGGAGGGGAUGGGAAGGCUUUUCGGGUUGCUGAAGGUCAUGCGUGUCUGCCACUAGGGUGGGCACCAUGCCGGACGCAUUCGCACAGUAAUAAUUAAUAGAGCUCUUGCGUGUUGGCA